AUGGAGAACGCAAACCUUUGGACUCGCCGAAACAACACCUCCAAGCUCUCUCUGUCCAUGACAGGGACCGACAACAAAGAGGGUGGCGCCAGAGUUGACCUCUCCCGCGCAUCAAAGCGAUUCGGCCCCGACAGCUCCCACGGCCGAUCCAACCCCUUCAAUGCUCUUUCUCCACUCUCUGCCGGCGUUUCUUCCCCCUCUACAAAUGCGUCAUCUGCCUUCGGUCUUGGCUCCGGUGCGUUCGCCUCGUUCGGAGCGCCCAAGACUCCCGGGGCCGAACUGAAGACUCCUGGUGAGAGGCGCGAUAACCCGACAGACCGGACCGUGGAGGGUCUCAAGUCGAAGCCUUCCGUACCGGCGCUCAAGGAGCACACCCUGCGAUCUACCUGGAUCAUCUGGUACCGCCCCCCCACACCCAAGUACUCCGACUACGAGAAGUCCACGGCACCGCUCGCCUCGAUCUCUUCAGUUGAGAGCUUUUGGUCUAUAUACUCUCAUUUGAAGCGGCCUUCGCUCCUCCCUACCGUCUCCGACUAUCACAUCUUCAAGAAAGGGAUCCGUCCAGUAUGGGAAGAUGAGGCUAAUAAAAAGGGAGGAAAGUGGAUUGUCAGACUGAAGAAGGGUGUGGCAGACCGGUAUUGGGAGGACCUUCUUUUGGCCAUGAUCGGAGACCAGUUUGCCGAGGCCAGUGAUGAAGUUUGCGGUGCUGUUCUUAGCGUGCGAAGUGGCGAAGACGUCUUGGCCGUCUGGACUCGGAUCGAUGGUGGGCGAAACAUUAAGAUCAGAGAGACGAUCAAGCGGCUGCUCGCUUUCCCCGCAGACACCAACAUUGUGUGGAAGAGCCACGACGACAGCAUUGCCCAACGCUCUGCUAUCGAUCAAGCUCGCCAGGAGAAGGCCGCUAACAACCAUCAUCACCAUCACAACCACCACAACCACCAUCAGAACCCUCACCAUCAAUUCGGAGGGGACCGCCGAAGGCCAGCGGCUGACGACGCUGCGGGCGACAAAGGCAAAGGGCCGGCGUCUUGA